UGUGCCGUAGGAGAGUUUGGGCUAAGUGUUGGUGAGAGUGAAAGUGUCUGGCAGCGGUGUGUUGUGUUUGCUCCUGCAGGAGGCUUGACGCUGCUUCCUCCAUCAUCUCCAACACUCCUUCAUCAGUCUCCUACACUCCCCAACGUCCCACACCAGCCCAGGGACGCCCUCAACUGUGCCCACCAGUAGCAGCAGCUGCUCCAACAAAAUGGAAAAAAAACAAAUCAUGCCAGUUGAAAAAUUUUUGCAAGAAAUUCGGGAGCUGUAUCUUGCCAAUUCUAAGACUACCAAGUAUCAGACAAGUCACAGAAUGUCCCCGAUGGUGAUUCUCCGAAGACUUACUCCUAAGGCUAUUGAGCAGCACACUGGUCAGCAUAAACAGAGGAUAAGGAAUCUGUCACUAAGUGAAGGGGAGGAUUCUGUGGAGUCAUCAUACAGCACUGAAGAUGAAGAUGAUGAAGAUGAUGAUGAAGAUGAAGAUGAAGAUGAGUGUGUUACUACUCAAAGCACUGAUGCCUUACCAUUCGACAUUCAACAUAAUCUGACAGUGGAGAGUUCAGUGAAUAAGAAAGUGUACAGACCAUCAGAAACAGCAGUGGCUUUGACUGAAGAUGCACAAAACAUGGAGUCUGAUAUUGAUGGCAAUGUUGAUGAUGUAAUGAAUUCUGAUUAUUCUGGGGAAUUCCCAGAUCUUACUGACCCUUCAUGGGAAAGUCCCAGCAAGGAAGGUAGCAAUACAAAAUCCCCAAAGAAGCAACUGAAAAAGAAAAGGAAACUGGGAGAAGAAAAUAAAAAGAGAGGAGAUGCUAAACUGAUGAAAAGUGCCAGGAAGGCUUUUGAAUAUCAACGCAAAAUGUUUAGAGCUAACAAAGAUAUGAAAACAAUAAAUAAAGGUGGACAAGCCAAUAUAAUGCAAUCAGAGUUGCCUAUAAAUAAUGCAAAGUCACCUGAACAUGUACUACAGGGCAUCCAGCAAAGUUCCACAUUCUCUGGCAAAAAUAUAGCUUUCUUCGAAAAACUGAGGAGAAAUAUGUUACGGACAAUUCAGAAAGACAGUUUGAUAGGAUUCAAGUUGACAGGAGAUCCAAAUCUACCAGUGUCCUCUGGGCCUCCCUUAAUUUCCUCUGCCAUGCAUAUGGAAAAAGAUGAGGUUUUAUUACCUACCUUAGAAGCGGCAUCUUCUAAUAAUCCCAAUUUAAUAGCCUUGUCUUCUGAUGCCAAUGUAAAUACAGGUGGUACAAAUUGUGGCAAUAUAGAAGGUGACCUAAACAAUUCUUAUGAUUCAGAUCAAACUGUGGCAUUUGAAGAAUCACAGUCACAAUACACAAGCCCAUUGCAAAAUAACAACACAGAAAUAAUCAGAAAAAGAAAAAGAUCAGAGAGUAAGGAAAAGGAAAUUAGUGUUGGGAAAAUUGAGAGAAAUAAGGCAAAAAGGAAGAGUCAAGAUAGACCUCAGGUAUCAGCAUUGCAAAUGCCAGUGGAAACAGUACCAUCUACUUUUGCCAGCAUUCUCCCUGUUCCCACAGUAAGGCAGGGUGCUAAUGAGAUGGGGUCAGGCAUGGACACUGUUAUUUCAUUAAGAACUGAUAGGGUGCUCCAGGAAAGAGAAACAUCCUCUGUUGGUGAGAAAAACAAACCCAAAGAAACUAAUUAUGAAGGUUCAGCAUUGUUACUAGCUCAGGAAAUUUCCAAGGGAUCACAUGUAGAAGAUGGGAAAGAGAAUAGAUCAUCUUGUGCAUUACCAGUUGAAGCAGCAUCUGUGACUAAGAGUGAUGAUGAGAAAAGAAGUGAAUUAAUUGAGAAGGAAACCCUUGAGUUAAUUGGGUCGUGCUCUAGCAAUUUAUCUGAGUUACAACACAAGAAAAUGAAGUGUGAGGAGAAGAUCGAGUCAUUAAAGACAGAAUUUAAUAGAAGGAUUUCACUUCUCGAAGCUGAAAGAAAACAUUAUGACAAGGAGAUAGACAAGACGACAGCUAUGUUAAGUAGUUGUUAUGCAUCUUUGAAAAGCUCAUCUGGGAAUAGUGCUGCUAAUAGAGUUGCAUCUCUUGCUUCUCCCGAGGAUAAAGAUCUAUUGAAGAUGAAGCAACCUUCCUCUGUGAUGCUGAAUGUGUCAAGAGAUCCCUCCCACGAUGUCUCUCUCAGCUUAGCUCGAGAAAUACCUGUGUUCAACACUAUAGCAUCUGGUAAUAACAGUGAGAGUGCAAAACAUAUUGCAGAGUUGUCAAACCUGCAACAGAACAGUGUGAUUAACAUCAUAUCUGAAGCCAACAUCAACCACUUUGGAAACAGCAGCUCUUCAGCACCCAAGAAACAGAGAGCCAAGAAAUCAAUGUCAAAACCAAAAUCAUCAGUAACAGCAGUAGCAGCAGCAUCAGGGGCAGCUGUUACAACAGCCACAACAGCAACUGUAGUAACUACAGUAACAGCUUCAGGAACCACAGCAUCCAACUCAGGAAUUAUUUUACAGUCAAUGCCAGUGUCAAGUAACCGGCCUGGGCGACCCAAGAAAUUAGACAUAAAUACCAGGGACACUGCUUCAGUGAGCUUUUCUGGCAUGGUGCUACAGCCUCAGAACCAACCUCCCAUUCAGGUCCAGUCCAGUUCUGCAACCAUCUGGCCAUCAGGGACAAUUACUGCUCAGCCAGUUUCUUCUCUGGCACCAGUGGCUCCAAGUCUUGUUGUUACAAAUGUGAUACAGCCACAGCAACAGGUUUUUGGGCUCUGUGCAAUUCAGUCGGUAAACCCUCGGAAGUCACCACCCUCGUAUUCUGAACACCAGUUGAGGGCUGCGGGUCUGCCACACAACCAGGGGGUUGAUUUCAUUAAACAGGCAAAUGCAAGUCGGUUGAGAAUGGUUUCAGCAGGUAAUCAACCUCAGCAGUUGCAAGUCAUUACAACACAAUCAAAUCAGCAUGAUAUCCCAGUGUCCUUACAACAGCAACCGCAGUCUCAGCAGGUGACUGUACAGCUGCAGGCACAGCAAACUGAUAAUCCUGCAUUAAAGCAGUUUAUGCAGCAGAAUCACAUGCAGCAACUGCUUUUGCAUCAACAAAAGCCAGUACAGCAGCAUUCCAACACUACUAGGCAAGGUGGAAAAAAAUGGUGUUCUGCUUUCCUGCGAUGUCCGCUUUCUGAUGGUAGCCUGGAGCCUAACCUGCUGUCAACUAGCGUCCCCUGGGGCAAGGGGGUUCACCAGUCCCCAUCUCCUGGUAAAAAACUACCCCAUUUUCCGGACUCAGGAGCAGCAAUGGCACUUUUUUUGCUCUUGCCCCCCAGUCUCCAUCCAGUGUGGUAUCCAGACUUUCCAAGCUUUGGGUGA